AUAGGAUAAGUGCUUAAGACAUAGAUCCUCAUCGCUUCGGUUUCGCGCGCGGUUCCUCAAGAGGUAGAUUGAGUGUCUGUAAAUAAAUCAUUAACGUCUUUCGAACAAAAGCAAGAUGGGAGCAGUCGAAUGGGUAGCCGAUGAGGACACUUAUGAAUGCCCUCUCUCAAUAGAAACUCAGAAGAUAGCGAAAGAGGAGCUCAGAGAGGACAAAAACACCAGAGAUCAGGCUCUCGAACAGAUGCGCAAUUGGAUCAAAAUGAAUCCGCGCAUUCAAAAUUGUCGUCUCGAUGCACGAUUUUUACUAAAAUUCUUGCGAUGCAAGAAAUUCAAUGUCCCGAUGGCUCAGGAGGCUACUGAAAGAUACUUGCUGCUUCGCCAGGUGUAUCAACAAGCAUUCCAUGCAUUGGAUUUCACAGAACCGAAUAUGGAGGAGUUACUAUCACUGGGAUAUCUCUUUGCUGCACCCGGCCGUGAUGCAAAAGGUCGUCGUGUUAUAAUCGCUAGACCAGGCGUAUUUGAUCCUCACAAAUACACGAAUGUGGACAUGUGCAAGAUCCAUGCUAUCACUUACGAAACGUUAAUGGAAGAUGAGGAGAGUCAAGUGCAUGGCUAUGUUCAUUUCACCGAUGGUGCCGGUGUUAGUUUCCCUCAUUUGACACUAUUUACUCCCAAAGAAGCAGUGCGCAUCGUAAAAAACGGCGAGCGCACUGUACCGAUGAGACAUAAAGAAAUCUAUGGGAUCAACUCACAUCCCUCAGUAAAAUUUGCCUUGGAUUUCGGGAUGUCAUUGAUUUCCGAAAAGAUCAGAAAUCGCGUGAAGAUUUAUACGAGCCUCGAGGAUGCUAUUAAUCACAAACUCGAUGUCACUAUGCUGCCUAAGGAAUAUGGCGGUACUAUCCCUAUGAAAGAGAUGAUCGAUCUAUGGCGGAAAGAAUUAUUGGCAUCGAAACCAAUAUUACUGAACAACGAUAAAAUGAAUGUCUGUCUUGAACUGUACUCGGAGAAAGCGCGAGAAGGUGCGGUCUCGGCAUUGAAACAAGGAUUCGGCUGUUCCAGCGUGGGAUCCAAUGAUACUACGAUGUGCGGUAUAAGUGGCUCCUUUAGAAAACUCGAAGUCGAUUAAUAUCUUAAAUGUUCUUUACUUAUAAAUACAUUUUCUACUUAGAGAUAAGCAGCACGGGAUCAUGAUAUAGAUUUUGGAAAUCGCACAGACUUUUAGAUUAGCCUUGGUAUCAAGAAAACAUAAUUUUAUUUUUGUAUUAUGUAGAUAAUAAUGUGCAAUAUAAUAUAACUGAUGAGUAUUAUUUAGAAUCGCACUAUAUAUCGGAUAUUGUACAUAACUUUUCAUUAAGAUUUUACAAUUAAUACAACAGAGAAAAUACAACAGAAAAACAUCAUUAAUUUUUGGCAUA